UAUUCAUAAAUAAAAGAGCUGCUUUCUGUGAAAAAAACAUGUUGAAUAAUCCUGAAUAAAUAUAAAUGUCUGCGGUUGACAAUCACAUCUUUUGUAAAUAUGGGUCCCAUAGACCCGAACACCACACAACGGUUAAAAAGAGCUAAAAACAGAAUCAUGAACAACCUUCCAUGUUCCUUUUCUAUGCGUGUUAGUUAAAAAUGUUUAAGCUGUAUUUUUGAGUUGCAAUGAAUUGUAAAUGCAACACAAAAUAUUCACGUGAUGUAAACAGGAGCCUCUUAAAUGUCAUUUUACUAUUUUACAUUUCCUAAUAAGAUAGAACAUAUGAAAACAACUAACAAGACAGAAGAUAAGAGUGUGACUUUUUAAUGUGUUUACAGUGUUCGUUCUCACAAAAUGGUUAAACUCUACACUUUGCCCCUAACACGGGCUGAGGCCAAAGUUCACCAGGAGAAAGGGAGAGAAAGAGAGAGAGCAAAGGAGGAGGGGAUGACGGGAAAAGCAAGUUGGAAAAAAAUAUUUUUGAACUAAAAGAGCAACAGGUGUCUAGACAAAGUACAACAGCCGAAAUAGAGGAACACUGGAUGAAAAUAAGGAAGAGACCAUCAAGAUCUACAUUUAUGUCUAAAUGAAUGCAUGAUCCAAAGACCACUGAGCUCAAACGCAGGUGCCUUCUCCAAGAUCUGAACACCGUCGAAGACCGACAUCUGCUGAGACUCCACAGAAAACGGGAGAUGGAGGGAGGGGAGGGGAGGAGAGCUGGAGAGCGAAGCGGUCGACUGUCGGCCUUGCAGGAGCAGCUGGUGUGGUCUCUCCUGAGCUCGGGUCUAUCGAAGGAGUUGCUGAUUCAAGCCAUGGGAGAUCUGGAGAGAGAGAGAGCUUCGGCCGGCGUGGAGAGGACAGACCGGGCAGACGGGGAGAGCUCAGAGGAAGGAGAGAUGGAGAAUCCGCCGCCGAUCUUUGGCGAGCUGGACAGACUUCCACCAGAGGAGGCAAUGAGACAGAGGGAUGAAGUUGACCAGCUGUUGCAAGAGGAUCCCUGGCAUGUAGCUAAAAUGAUAAAGAGCUACAUGCAGCAGCACAACCUCCCGCAGAGAGAAGUGGUAGAAUCCACUGGCCUUAACCAAUCCCAUCUCUCCCAACACCUCAACAAGGGCACACCCAUGAAGAAUCAAAAACGUGCCGCUCUGUAUAGCUGGUGUGUCAAGAAAAAAGCAGAGAUUAACCAACAAUUCACCAAUGCUAGUCGAGGUGUUAUGUCAGGAGAGGAAUCUGCCGAGGAAGGACGAAAAGGAAGGAGGAAUCGUUUCAAAUGGGGCCCUGCCUCCCAGCAAAUCCUGUAUCAGGCAUACGAAAGACAAAAGAACCCCAGUAAAGAGGAGAGGGAGGGACUGGUGGAGGAGUGCAACAGAGCAGAGUGUCUACAGAGGGGUGUGUCUCCCUCUCAGCUCGCUGGCCUGGGCUCUAAUCUGGUGACAGAGGUUCGGGUAUAUAAUUGGUUUGCCAAUCGGCGCAAGGAGGAGGCUUUUCGCCACAAACUGGCACUGGACGUGCCUUACAUUAGCCAAUCAACACUCUCCACAGGUCAGACACUAGCUUCUAGUCCUUCACCAGGUCUGAAGUACGGUCAAGCAGUGGUGUGUGAGAGUUUAGGCUCAGUGAGAAGCUCCAGCGGUGAAGACAGGGCUGGCAGUGGUCGUCUCGGAGGCAGUCCAGAACAGCUAGAACCCAGUCAUACACUCCUUGACACACAUCACCACAAACCAGCAUCUGGUGGUGGUUCCUUACCUCCUGUCAGUACUCUCACCUCUCUUCAUGGACUCUCAGGAUCCUCUGCACCCCCUCCAGGACUGAUCAUGGCUUCCUUACCAAGCGUAAUGAGUCUGGGAGACUCUUCCCUUUUUAUAGGCUUGACAUCGUCUCAACCACAGACGGUCCCUGUCAUCAACAAUAUGGGGGGUGGGUUUACCACCCUUCAGCCAAUUUCUUUUCAGCAGCAGCUUCACACCUCACCUCAACAGCAGCUUCAGGGUCACCUUGGCCCUAACUCGUUCAUGGCAACUAUGGCCCCGCUAUCAUGUCACAUGUACAGCAAGGCAGACUUGACCUCCUACCCUUCUUCUAGUCUACUGUCGCAAGCUAUGAUCAUCGCAGAGGGCAACAGCAUUGGGACACUGACUAACCUCACAGCUGUUCGACAGAUUCUCACCUCAGAUACGGAAGGUCACGCAGAUACUCCUAUUGAAGAGGAGUCUUUACACUUGCAUUCCACUUCACCAGAGCCAGUGCCUUCAAACAGUUUGGAGCUGUACCCUCAGACCCAGAUGAGUGAAACCCAUCCUUCUCACCUGCUCUCCGCUUCACCAGAAGACAUAGACCCUUUUAUCCCCACAAAUGGUUUCAACUGCACAAUAACUACAGCUGAAGGUGCCACCUAACAUAGACAGUUGCUGAGAUUUCUUCAGGGGAAUGGAACGUUGGUUGUGCCGAUAAGAAAAAAUACAUGUUUUAAAUGUGUCCGAGAGCAAAAAUCUAGAUAAAUAUAAAGGCACUAGUCCUUAUGAACUCUGCACGCUGACUACCUAUUUGUGACAACAGGAGUGAGUUAUAUUCCUUUCAAAGACAUUCUAAGUUUUGUUCGAUUCAGAAAGUAAGUCCGUGUAAAAAAGUACAUAAUUAUACAUAAAAUGUAUAAUUACGUUAAGAAUUCAAAAUGUCAGAAAUACACAUUC